GCUUCUUGAGCUGCGCCCCGGUGUCCCGAGACCGGCGUGCUGGAGCUCCCGCGCUGCUGCUCGUUGGCCGCCUUUCCUGUGGACUCUUGCUUGCCAGCUGCGAUAGCGAGCUGGCCACUCCUGGCUCUUCCUCUCGAGAUCAGAGGUCCUCCAGAAGCAGAAGGCAGCUCCUCUGCUCUCUGUGGGGCCUUUUCAGCCAUGAGAAACAUGGUGAACCUCUACCUGCUAGGUGUGGUGCUGACCCUGCUUUCCAUCUUUGUGAGACUGAUGGAGUCAUUGGAGAGCUUACUGACAAGCCCACUGCCUGAGAAUUCCUGGACCACCAGAGGUCAGCUUGCCAACACAGAACCCCCCAAAGGCCUUCCAGACCAUCCAUCUAGAGGAGUGCAAUAAAACCUCCCUCUGCACCAGCCAGACCAUGGACCACAGACAUCAACAUGUCCAGCCAGGUGUUCUGUUUCCUAACAAACUCAUGGCACCAGUGUUUUCCAAGAAUGAACUGGUAUUAGGCCGGGAAGGGCCUGCUUGGAUGCUCCUUGCCCUGAAAAGCUGUUGGAUACACAGAUGGGAGUGGGUUAUGAUGCUGUGCUUUGCUGUCCUUGAUUGACAGUGUGGCUCUGUCACCUCUGAGGUGGGGACUUGGACUUGUGGUGCCUCAGCUUUAGCCAAUGGUUAAUGUAUUUGACCACACAUUGUAAAUAUCUGCCAGGGUUCCUUUGGCUAUGGUUGUCUUCUGGUCUGUUCAUUUGCUGUUUAGU